CGAUGAACACAGUCGUUGCCAAGACGCCAAAGUGUUCACAUCGAACAAGCAAAUAUUAAAGAGCAAUCCAAAUAAUUAAUUAAACAAUUAAAAAAAUUAUUUAUUUAUUUAAAAAUAAAAUUAGCUAAAAUAUUAUAGCAUUAGAAUUUUUUUUAAAAAACACACAAUAUAGUCGAGAAUAGAAAUUAAUAAAAUUUCGAUUUCGAUUUUUUCGAAAUUAAUAAAAUAUGAAUGAUAAUUAUUUAAAAAAAAAAAAAAAAAGUGUUUGUAAUGUGAAUUGAUAUAAUGACGGAGCAUGUGAUAGUAAAAUUAAAACACAAAGUUAAUUUAUUAUAUUUAUUAUUUACAAUAGGACCGUGCCCGCUAAAAUUGCGUAAUGCCGGUUACUCAGCUGCUUGACAUGUGUAUAUAAUACAAAAAUGUGUCAGUGUGUUUGUGUGUUUGCAUAUAUAUAUAUUCAUUUUUAAAUGAAGCGUUAAACAGCCUUUAAAUAUAUUUCGAUUCAUUUCAAUGACAAGUUGCUUAUUGUGUUGAUCGUGUAUACUCUUUUGAUGGAAUAAAAUUUUUUUUAAAAAUAAUAUAUAAAUUUUUAUUUACAAGAGAUUCAUCUUUUUAUUUUUUAAAUAAAAUUUUAAAUAACAAUGAAACAAGGUUUUUUUUAGUGCGUAUUUAUAUAAUAUAAUAUUUUUAUAUAUAAAAAGACAUUAAUAUCCGAUGAAGAAUCACAGUGCUAUCGUGUUACUUUUUUAUAUAUUUCUUUAUUUCGUUACGGCUUUAUGCUCAACGAUUUCCGUUUCUUUUCGACAUGUGAAUCCUUGUGAUGAUCGCAAAUCUCAUUCCAAAACAUUGGCGACGUGUAAAUACGAUACUGAUUGUGUUGAAAAUGCAUACUGUUGGAAUCGAGAAACAUGUCUAUGUAAAGAUGGUUUUUUGGUCAAUAAAAAUCGUACUCAUCUUCAAUGUUUAAAAGUUGCAUCAAAAAUGGGUGAUUCGUGUAUUGAAGACGUGCAGUGUCGUGUAACCUUCACCACUCGAGCAGAGUGCCGGAAUAAUAUCUGUGCUUGCUCCGAGGGAUCUCAUUAUGAAUUUGAACCAAAGAGAUGUUACGAGUCUGUUGGUAUUGGAAAAAUGUGUACAAAUUCUUACAAUUGUCAAGUUGAAGGUUCUCCAAGUUUUUGUGUUGAUGGUUUUUGUGGCUGUCCAUUUCAACAUCACCCCAAUGAGCAAGGCACAAGAUGCCUAAAAAGUUCAUACUUGGGUGACACAUGUCUAAUCGAUGAAGAAUGCAUUGAUAUGAAUUCCCGUUGUUUUGGUACUUGUGGUUGUAAAAUUGAUUAUGUACAAUCAAUAGAUGGUAAAAGAUGUUUAAAAGCUGCUGCCUCAAUGGGUGAUCCAUGCAUUGAGGAUACACAAUGUACAGCAUUUUUAAAAAAUUCAAAAUGUGGUAAUGAAAAUAAAUGUACUUGCCUUAUUAAUUUACAACCACGUGGACCAUUAUGUCUACGUAAACUCAAUCCAGAAAUGUUGGGUAAAAAAUGUUAUGUCAAAACACAGUGUGUUAAACCAACAAGUCCAGAAAUUGAAUUAAAAGACAUUGAAGUUGCAAAUGUCGACUGUUUAAAUGGCAUUUGUUCAUGUUCACAAGAUUACACAUUGACCGAAAAAGGCGAUGACUGCAUACGAUACAGCGAAAAUCACGGUUUGAGGCCAUCAAGCAAUGUUUUGAAUUUAACAACAAUAGCAUUGUUAUGGCUCAUUUACCUCACGUAAAUAUCAUAAUGAGUCAUCAUCUUCAUCUGGCAAUGAUAUUUUU